AUGGCGCGGCCAACAUUAUCGCCGUUGUCAAUAUUAUUAUCUGCCAUCUUCCUCUUCUCCUCCCAUGUCUUUGCCGUUUCCGCUGUCCUGGGCGUCGAUCUGGGCACAGAAUACAUCAAGGCCGCCCUGGUAAAGCCGGGUAUCCCCCUUGAGAUUGUCCUGACAAAAGACUCAAGAAGAAAAGAAAUCUCGGCUGUCACCUUCAAGCCCUCUCAAAAUGGCCCCAAGAAGGGCACCUACCCCGAGCGCGCCUAUGGCUCCGAUGCCAUGGCCCUUGCCCCGCGAUUCCCUGGCGAUUCGUUCCCAAACCUCAAGCCCCUCCUCGGUCUCCCCGUCGAUGCCGCCGAGGUGAAGGAAUAUGCGAAGCGCCACCCAGCUCUUCAAUUGGUUGCACACAAGGUCAAGGGAACCGCCGCUUUCAAGAGCGCCGGCGCAUUUACACAGGAAGAGGAGGCAUGGCUGGUGGAGGAACUGCUGGCUAUGGAGCUCCAGGCUAUCCGCGCCAACGCUGAGGAACUCGCUGGAAAGGGAAGCUCUGUCCGCUCUGUCGUCUUCAGCAUUCCUCCCUUCUAUACCAUCGAGGAGAAGCGCGCCAUCGAGUUGGCCGCUGACCUCGCUGGUCUCAAGGUCCUGUCGCUCAUCACCGAGGGUCUGGCUGUGGGUCUCAACUAUGCCACCAGCAGACAGUUCCCCAAUGUCAACGAGGGAGGAAAGCCCGAGCACCACAUGGUAUUCGAUAUGGGUGCUGGCUCCACCACAGCUACUGUGCUCAAGUUCCAGAGCAGGACGGUCAAGGACAUUGGCAAGUUUAACAAGACUGUUCAAGAAGUCCAGGUUCUUGGCAGUGGUUGGGACCGCACCCUUGGUGGUGAUGCGCUCAACUACUUGAUUGUUGAUGACAUGAUCUCCAAGUUUGUCGAGUCUCCCAAGGCUCAGAAGGCUUCCGUGACGGCUGAGGGCGUCAUUGCCCACGGCCGCGCCAUCGCCAAGCUGACCACGUCUGCCGAAAAGGUCAGGCACGUUCUCAGUGCCAACCAGGUUACCGGUACCAGCUUCGAGGGUCUCUACGAUGAUAUCGACUUCAAGUACAAGCUUACCCGCGCCGAUUUCGAGGAGAUGGCUUCGUCUCAGAUUGAAAGAGUCAGCAUCGCCGUUCAGAACGCGCUUACUGCUGCCGGACUUGAGGUCAAGGAUCUUGACUCUGUCAUUCUUCACGGCGGUGCUACCCGCACUCCUUUUGUUCAGAAGCAGCUCGAGAAGGCCCUUGGCGGUUCGGACAAGCUCCGCACCAACGUUAACUCUGAUGAGGCUGCUGUUUUCGGUGCUGGCUUCAGGGCUGCCGAGAUCAGCCCCAGCUUCCGUGUCAAGGAGAUUCGCAUCUCCGAGGCUGCUGUGUACCCUGCCGGCAUGAGGUGGAACACUGACGAGGGCAAGCCCAAGCACCAGCGCCUUUGGACUGCCAGCUCAUACUUUGGCGCCCCUGCCAAGGAGCUCACCUUUACCAACAAGGAGGACUUUUCCGUCAACUUUUACCAGGCUUUUGAGUCUGCCGAGGCUGACACCAAGGUCUUGGCCACUCAGAACUUGACUGCCACUGUCGCCGAGCUUGUUGAAAAGCACAAGUGCGACAAGGCCGACGUCAAGGUCAAGGUCGGCGUCCGUCUCACCAACGAGGACGGUGAGGUGGACGUGACCAAGGUCACUGUCGAGUGCGAGACCGAGACCGCCGAGAAGGCCGGUAUCGUCGAUGGCGUCAAGAACCUGUUUGGUUUCGGAAAGAAGGAGCAGAAGCCGCUGGAAGGUGAUUCCGAGAGCGAGUCUGCGGACGCGUCGUCGUCCCCGACCGAUUCAUCCUCGAGCACCACUGCCUCGUCUUCUGCCGCCUCUUCUGCCUCUGCCUCUGCCUCUGCCUCUGCUUCUGCCGACGGAAAGCCUGCCGAACCGAAAAGGGAACUAAUUGUUAUCCCAGUCAAAUUUACUCUUGAGAAGUCUGGCAUUCCCCAGCUCUCCAAGGCGGAUCUUACUGCCAUCAAGGACCGUCUCAAGGCUUUCCAGGCGUCUGAUCGCGCUCGGAGACAGCGCGAGGAGGCGCUGAACCAGCUCGAGUCGUACACCUACAAGGUCCGGGACAUUGUUGAGAAUGAGGACUUUGUCCGCGUCUCGACCGCCGAGGAGCGGGCCAAGAUUGAGAAGCAAAACAGCGAGGAUAGUGACUGGCUGUAUGGCGAUGGUGCCGAUGCCACCGAGAAGGUGCUCAAGCAGCGCCUGACCAACCUCCAGAAGCUUGUCACGCCUGUUCAGCAGAGGAUCGAAGAGUUGGCCAAGAGACCUGAGCUUAUCAAGGAUCUCAAGGACGCCCUCAACAGCACCCAGCACUUUGUUGCCGACAUCAAGAAGCAGAUUGCCGACCACGAGGCGUUCCUUUCUGCCCAGGCUUCGGCCUCCGCCUCCUCAUCCACCACCAGCACCGAGAGCUCGACCGUCACCGAAGCCCCUGCCUCGUCUGCCGACGACUUUGACGGCCUUGAGGAUGAACCCAGCAGCUCUACCAAGACUGCCACGAGCAUGGAGGACCUCAACAAGGACCGCGGUCCUGUUCCCCCUGUCUAUGAACUGGCGGACCUGAAGGAAAGCGAGGAGCUUUAUAUCACCAUCUCUGCCUGGCUCGAGGAGAAGCUCAUCGCCCAGGAGAAGCUCGGCGAGACGGACGACCCCGUCCUCUUGGUCAAGGACCUCGUCGACCGCAGAGAGAAGCUCGACAAGGCGGGCAUGGAUCUCGCCAUGAAGGGCGUCCGCAACUUCGAGAAGCGUGAGAAGGCCAAGAAGGCCAAGACGAAGAGCAAGACCAAGACGGCCAAGGCCAAGUCGACGUCGACGCAGAAGAACGGGAAGCCGGCGGCGCCGACUCUCAAGCUGCAGCCCGGUAAGGACGGGAAGAUGCCGAGCCAGGAGGAGCUGAACGAGAUGCUCAAGGAGUUCUUGGACAAGCAGCAGCUGGAGAAUGAGAAUCAACAGGAGGCCAAGGAACCAGUCUUUGAGGAUCCAGUGGAAAAGAAGGAGGAGGGGGGACAUGAUGAACUAUAG